GCUCUCUGAUACUUAUUACCUCAGCCAUAAAUAUAUAAGGCAAUCUUUCAGCAACCGUGUAUUUUUUGCUUUCGGAUGUAAAAGCAACUGUUUAGAUGACUUGGUUUCCAGAUUUCUACCGGUGGAAAGUGUUUGGAGAACGGCAAGUCACUGCAGCCUUCGUGAGAUAUACCAUCCGGAUCUGGGCGAAUAUCGCCGCUCCAAAAGCUUUUCUUCUCUAGCGCCAAGCCAUGGAAUGCCUUUCGAGGACCGCCAUGCUGCACGAUAUUUUGGACCUUAUCGAAGUUACGUGCCAAAAAGAACGGAAUGGAAGUCAACGCUCGAUAGCUAUUCCAGACCACGAUCCUACCAAAAACGCCUUCCCAGUAGGCCAACAACAGAAUUUAGCGACGCAGUGAAAUUGAAUCUGAAACAAACUUAUCGGAAGGUGAAUGAAUUUCCAACUUCAACAUCAAGGAUCGAUAACUACGACUUGUACUGGCGAGGUCGUUUAGACGGUGUUUUCGGAACAGGCGCACUAUUUUAUCCGUCGAACUUCGAAGGCGAAGAAGAUCGACGCUACGAACGAAUCUACUGGGGCCAGAACUGGAUGGAUUACAUCACACCGAGUGCAAGACAUGCGACCAGUUUUAUCCUCACUGCAUACUAACA